CCUCUUGAUGUCCCAACAUUAGAACUCAAAUACAACCUUCUCUUUUUCUCUGCUCUGCCUCCUUACAUUUUGCUCUUCUCUCUUAAUUUUCUGCUUCUAUUUCCCUUCUCUUCUUUCACCAUUUUGAUUUCGCACCCCAGAAAAUGUAUGCAGAAACUGGCCUUUUCUUCCCUUACAUGCACAAUUUCUCUCAAGAUUUUCAGCAACUUGAGGAAUAUUGUGAAUCAAAUAAACCUGAUUCUUUUUUGAGCAACAAUGUCCAGACCUCCAGCAUAUCACACUAUGACCUGGGGGGAGAAGGAGAUUUAUUCAAAGCUCCGGAGCCAAUCAUUGAAGAACUGCUUGGGGAGCUUGAUCCUGUGACAUCAGCCAUUUCGAUGAUGAUCUCUUGUGGUGAAGAUGUUGUCGCUACCCAAGCACUCAAGGCUGCAAAUAUUGACUCAAUUCACCAUGAACAGCUUCUGAAUGAGGUUUUCUUUGAGUGGGAGAAGGAUCAUGUGGAAAAGCCAGAAAUAGAUGCACCACUCUCUGAGGUCCUUGACGUCAAGAUUCCUGUUUUGAGGAACCAUGAAAGCCAAAUUCAGGAAGGCAAGAUGCUUCCUGAUACACCAUUUCAGAAAAGUGUGAGCUCUGGAAGCUUAACCUCAAUGGAAUGGGUGCAUGGAACUAUGAUGAAACCGAGCUUUCUGGAAAUUGCUUGUAUGGAUUUUGGAUCUGUUUAUGGCAUGCGGAGAGCUUUCAGUGAAGGAGACAUAGAGACUCUUGGUAAUGGCAAUAUGAGCUUCAUCCACUCUCCUCAUGAACGGCCUAUGGUGAUCACCAACUUCCCUACUGAGGACCGCAGGGAAAAGCUUUCCAGAUACAGAAAUAAAAAGACAAAGAGAAACUUUGGCAGAAAAAUAAAGUAUGCAUGCAGAAAGGCUCUUGCUGACAGCCAACCAAGGAUUCGUGGACGCUUUGCAAAGACUGAAGAACCAGAGAUGUCGAGGAGGCAAUGACUCGGACCUAAUUCAGUAAGAAGAAGAAGAAGAAGAGGAGGAGGAGGAGGAGGAAGAACGGGAAUGAAAUAGCUGGGUCUGAUGAAGUAUCAUGCAAAGAAUGUGCAAUAGUGAAGCCUGGCAAAGAGAAUUCGUAGAAAGCCGAAGGAGGUAAUGCUAAAUAAACAAGACCCCCCCUCCGCUCUUGCGGAGGUAGGCAAUCUUUUAUUUUCUAUAAUAACCUACCAAGUAAACAGAACGGCGGGCAAGUAGGAUUGUAUAUAAAGCUUGUUGAAUAAGACGAAGCCGAGAAGUGUACUUGUUCAUCUUAUGUUUAAUGAAAAGCAAAUCCUUCUACA